AUGGAUUUAAUUGUCCCUUCAUAUGAACAAGGUCAUUCUUACUUGAAGUUUAAUCCCUCAUCUGAGUCCAAUAUGAUAGAAAGCGAUGUCAAUUUACAGCACAGAGCAUGCCGAGAAUUUGUACCAGUGGAGAAAAAAGAUGACAAAUACUGGUUCAAAAGGGUAAGGAAUAAUGCAUCGGCAAGAAAGUCUAGAAUAAAAAGAAAAACCAUGGACCAGGUCAUAGAAAAACAGCUAUUAGCCCUGCAGAAAGAAAAUAUUCAGCUUCGAAAUGAAUUGGCGGCAAUCAAUAUCAUGUACCGUCAUGCAAUUAACAGCGAAAGACUGCAAACAAACCGAAAUGGUAUCAUCACAAACGAUUAUAAAAAAGAAGAUGGCAACAAAUCAGAUAAUGAAGGUAAAGUUGAGACGACAAGAUUCCAGAAUGUAAAAUGUGGGGUAGCGGAAUCUGCCGAUAAUUGCCGAUUGAUCACGGACGAUGGUCAACACUUGGAAGUCGACGACAAAUCAGACAAUGAUGGCCAAUAUGAACAGAGAGAUGUUCAUCGUGAGGAAGAAAGCAGCAAUUUCUCUGGAAAGUCAGAAAUGGAUGAUGGAAGAAAUUAUACUGUUUCCUCAGAUGAUAAUGUUAGUCCGACAUUCCCAAGUUUUCAAGGAAUAUUUCCCCCAAUAUACGACUCACAAACAAUUUCAGAGAGUUUUCGUCCGUCGGCGGCCAGAUAUCAGUCUGCAUAUCUUCGAACUCCGGCCAUGGUGACGUUGAAGUCAGAGGUGUCCUAUUUGCCUUAUAUGAUAGUGCCCAACACUGAUGAUGCUUCAGAAAAUACAUCGGGUGAACAUUCUGAAAAAGAUAACUAUGAUAAGGUACAACGCGUGCCACACAAAAUAAGGAUAAAGGAAAGGCUCCAUUCAGCUUUCAAAAUUAAAAAGUAA